GGUGUCUAUAAGAAGUUAGGUUUCAUAUGCAACUCAUCAUCUUCUUCUUCUUCUUCUUCUUCUUUCACCCGCCAAGAUCGGUUCCUAUCCUUCUCUCCUCCACCACCUAACCUUCUCUCCAUUUUCUUCCCUCCAUUUUACCUCUCUCUCUCUCUCUAGAAGUUUUAACACAAACAAACCCACUAAAAACAACAAAACCAUAACAACAACCAAAAAAACAAAAUUUUAUUUUAUUUUUAGACAUAGAGAGAAGGAGGCUUUGGGUUUGUGCUUUUUCUCCUUCUCUUCAUUGAAAGCUUCUCCUUGUGGGAUUUUGAUUAAAUGGGUAAUGUGACAUCAAAUGUGGCGGCUAAGUUCGCCUUCUUCCCGCCAGAUCCGGCAACAUACGGAGUAACGAAGGACGACGAGACAGGGAAGCUGGUCUUCUCCGGAGUUUCUCCCGACAUGAACAUGGAAGUCCAUCAGCUCACCACCAAGUCCGGUAAUAAAGUUGUUGCCACGUUCUGGAGACACCCUUUUGCUAGAUUCACGCUUCUCUAUUCUCAUGGCAACGCAGCUGAUCUUGGCCAAAUGGUUGAGCUCUUCAUCGAGCUCCGUGCUCAUCUCCGCGUCAACAUCAUGAGUUAUGACUAUUCAGGCUAUGGAGCUUCAACAGGAAAGCCGUCUGAGUUCAACACAUAUUAUGACAUUGAGGCAGUGUACAAUUGUUUGAGAAGCGAUUAUGGGAUCAAGCAAGAGGAGCUGAUUCUGUACGGACAGUCCGUAGGAAGUGGGCCAACGCUGCACAUGGCUUCAAGGUUGAAGAGGCUGAGAGGAGUUGUUCUUCACAGCGCCAUUCUCUCUGGCAUUAGAGUCUUGUAUCCUGUCAAAAUGACACUCUGGUUUGAUAUCUUCAAGAACAUAGACAAGAUUCGCCAUGUCAACUCCAAAGUUCUUGUCAUACAUGUGAUUGAUUUACAGGGAACAAAGGAUGAUAUAGUGGAUUUGUCUCACGGGAAGCGAUUGUGGGAGCUGGCCAAGGAGAAGUAUGAUCCGUUAUGGGUGAAAGGAGGAGGGCAUUGCAACCUGGAGACGUACCCUGAGUACAUUAAACACCUGCGAAAGUUCAUAAACGCAAUGGAGAAACUAUCUCUAACCAAUCCACCACCUAAACAGUUAACCAAUGAGCCUAGUGUCACCGAGACUAAGCACAGCCGGUGCUUGAGAUUUCGGAAAAGGUAGGAUGUGUUAGCAGAAUCAGAAGACAAUUGGUAGAUUCCUUUAUGUGCAUUGCCAUGUGCUUUGAACUCACAACACUCAAGGAAAGCUUGACGAGAGUCAUUUCCUUGGUGAGAUCAAAACCAAAUGCUAAACACAGGGUCACAUACAGUGGUGGAACAAAGAUAUAAUCUAGGGAGGUGUUUACUGUAAAAUGUAGCCAUGUUCUUGGGUUUAUUUGCUUGAUGUUCAGUCUCAUGUAACAGAAAAAAUGUAAUGUAGCACCAACUUUGAGGUUUUGUAAAACA